GAUUCCUCGAGAUUCGACUUGAGAAACUUGCGAGGAUAGUUGGCAACUACUAUGCAGUUUUGUUGUAUUUGACGUCGCUGCAGUCAUGGGAACCAAGAAGCGUAAAGAGUCGUCAGGUGCGAUCGACCAACCUCUGAAGAAGAGCAAGAAAUCCAAGACCUCGAGCAAAAAGGAUGCCUUCGAAACAGAGCUCAAGGAUAACGCUACAACUACUGAGCCAAGCAAGACGCAGAAUGCUCCCUUCAACGAUAAGGAAGAGACACCUCGGUUAGACAAUGUCGCUGCAGCCAAGUCGAAGAAAUCACGCAAACGAGCCUCCGACUUUAUGAACGACGAGGAGCCACCAGUAUCUGCUGAUACUUCAAACAAAGUUGAAGAGGAAAAAUCUGCCGAGGAGAUCGCGGAGCCCGUCAAGAAGAAGUCAAAGAAAAGCAAGAAGAACAAAACCAACAACAAUGGAGAGACGCUUACUGCUGAUGGUGUCAAUGGUGUGAUUGAGCAUACCGGGGCAGAGAAUCUCGAAACUGCGACCUCGCAUAAGCCAGUCUCAACUUCGAUGCAAGCAGAAGCAGAGCGUACCGUCGACCAUGAGCUUGAAGACGGGUUCGGUGGCUUUGCAAGUGAGGAUGACCAGGAUAAUGCUGCCGAGGUCGAGCCGGAUGACAAUACUGCCGCUCUCCUGGCUGGAUUUGACAGUGACACGGAAGACAAGCAAGAGGAUGAAGGCCUUGACCUUGGAACGAUUCCUCCUUUGCCCAAAUACAAAAAGACUCAAAAGAAGUUGGAGAAAGCCAAAGCGAAGGGCAAUGACGAUGGUCCUGGGACUGUCUAUGUUGGCCGCAUCCCUCAUGGCUUUUAUGAGAAGGAGAUGAGAGCUUACUUCUCUCAAUUCGGAGACAUCAGUCGACUGCGCCUGUCUCGAAACAAACGCACUGGCGCAUCCAAACACUUUGCUUUUAUCGAAUUUGCUUCCGACGAGGUCGCAAAGAUUGUGGCGGAGACUAUGGACAACUACCUGAUGUUCGGUCAUAUCCUCAAGUGCAAGUACGCCGAGCCGGGCUCUUUACACCCUGACGUUUGGAAAGGCGCAAAUAAAAAGUUCCGAAAGAUUCCUCACGAGAAACUCGAACGCGAACGUCUCGCCGCGCCCAAGACUGAGGAGCAGUGGCAGAAAAUCAUUGACAAAGAGCAGCGAAGACGGGACAAGAAGGCCACGAAGAUGAAGGCUAUUGGACUUGACAUGCCAUCGUCAACUUUGACAGCGCCUGCAGCUGCCUUGAGCCAGAAGCUGGCGGGUCAGGAAGAGUUGAAACAAGUUGAGAACGAGAGAAAUGUUAAUCCCGCUAUUGAACCCCCAAGUGAUCUAGCUGAAGACAAAGUUGCUGUAGAUGGAGGCAAGAAGUCAAAAAAGGAGAAAAAGCAGAAGAAAGAGAAGAAGAAAAACAAGAAAGGUGAAGGGGAUGAAACUGAUAUCGCCUCAAAUUCCGCCACAGCGUUGAAAACCGCAGAGACGCCUGUCGAAAGCGCAACCCGGAAGACUAGCUCCGAUGAUGAGGCACAGCUGCAAAGUGCGAAUGGGAAAUCCGCUAUCACUUCGACCGCCCCGGCGUAUAAAGGGAUAGAGACAACCACAAAGACACUGUCCAAACCCGAGAGGAAAGCAUUGAAGAAGGCAAAGAAGACGGCUGGCGAAUCUGCUCACGCUCCUGCCUCAGACAUAGCGGUCGCCGCAAAAGAAGAGCUCUCAGCCGACUUCAUCUCAUUUGGCCAAUUCGACGAUGGCGAGGGCAAUCCGAAGGCAAGUUCAAGCCCAGCUGGAGCCAAUAAAUCGAAACCUUGGAAAGUCAAGAAGCCCAAGGAGGACCGCAAGAAUCUUGUCAAGGCUCGAGGCCCGAAAUCAAAGCUGGUCUCCACCAAGCCGAAGCCGGACCCCAAUGCCACGGGCAAGAUUCCUGGCCUCCCACUCCUAGGCAAGGGCAAGGACGACAAGGCCACUCGCCAAGCCCAUAAGGAGAUGAAGAAGCAGCUUCUAGCUGAGCGUGCGGCCGAGGGCGGAAGACGUCGCGGUUCAGCCGGUGCUCAAGGUUAGGAGCCUCUCGAGCAGUCGUCAUCAUUGGGACAGGACAGCCAAAAGCAACGAACCAAGCAAGAUGGUCGUCAAGCCAUCGAGGAAGAUCAGGAAGUCAGACAGAACGGUGACUCCAUCAAACGCCAAGGUCGAAGGGCUCCUCAGACCGAGACUCAGGAGAAGCCACAAGUUGAAUGGGCAGAUCGGAAGCCUUCUGCGAAAGAGCAACAUGCUUUCAAGUCCGCAAAAAGACAGCCAGCGCCCCCCUUUCAAUACCCUCAAGGCACUAAGGUUGUCUUUCAUGAUUGACCCUUUAUGUCUUUCUGGCUCCACUUAAUGGACGGCCAUGGUUGUGGAGGGACUCGUGGAGUACUGGGUGAGUGUGUACGAUGCGUGGAAAUUGAUGUCACAUUUUGGAGGCUGAUUCCGACAGCAAGAGUUCACUAUUGCUGUGUCUUGCGGCCCUUGAGUUGUCUUUGGAGGUACUUGCUGGCGAAACGAGCAAGUGCUAUGAUAGAAGGAAUGCGAUGUCCACAAAAUUAGGAUUCAUUGCAUGCUCUGGCGAGCAAGACAACAGUGAUUGCCUGCGAUACCCUUGGAAUGCAUUUCAGGGACCUACACAUCUGAGCAAGACGAGAGCUCACACUUUCUCAUCAUGGUCUUCCACAAGACUCAAUGCUUUGACCUCCCUCCACAUCGUCAAAACCUCCUUCCUCCCGUCUCAUUUCCCGCCCUUCACAUCUACCCUGCCCAUCAAACACCGUCCCCAACAUCUCGCGACAUACCCAACGCACAGUUCUCGUAUGGAGACUCCCAGUAUCCUCUCCUCCCGCCAUGUUGCUGCCCUUGCCUGACUUCCCUACGUCAAUACUCGACGCGCCAUCCGCCAGAGCCUGGAAAAUGACAAACUGAUCCUCGGCGAAUUCGUCCACACAGCUUCCCCUGCGACAUUCCCGGGUGAAGCCGCGCACGACAUGGCCCACCGCCUCAUCCACCGUGCGCUGGCGUUCUGUUUCGUUCGUCACCUUUCGGCCGGGGCUGAGGUAGUCUCUUCCCAGCCUGUAGCCCGCAGAGGUGUGUGCGACCAGGAGGAUAUAGAGCCGGCGCUCGUCGCCCGAGUCCGCGGAGGAAGGGUGUAAUUCGAUAGGGAGAGAGGGAGAUGAGAAUACCGGCAUGGUUCGGAGGGAUUCAAGGAGCUGGGUUUGAACUAGCGAAUGCAUCUCAAGGGAGCCCGCGAGGAUUGUCAUUGAGAUGGAGGUGAUAGUGGUCGGUCCAGGUGAUGUAAUCUCGAAAGGGGCGAGGGCGAAGCCUUCACCCUCGUCAAACCCAUCUUCUCUAGCUCUUAUCUUUCGUUUUCUGAUGACCGGAUCAA